GUAAGCAGAGUUGACUGUAGCGCUGGAGCUCCAUCGAAAGUGGCUCCCUGGUUCAGAGACAGUGCAGGCGGCCGAGGGGGCGGACCGGCGAGAGGAAACUUGACAGAGAACAACAGCAGUCACUCCGCUGACCUCCACUAAACUGUUGUUAAUCAUCAGCGUUGAUAUUUCUGAAGACAGUCAACUGUGCUCGAAUACAAACGCGCUAGGGGGAGCGGCGGAGGAGCGCCCGGCGAAGGAAUAACGUUAGCAGGAAAACGGAGAGAGAAAAGUGAGGUGAAGGCACGUUUGAGGAGAAGAAGAAGAAGAGGAGGCGGGUAGCGACAAGUAAACGGACUCAGCCACAGAUAGGACCCAGCCACAGGUAGACACACGUUAGCUGUCGUGGCAAGAAGAAUCAAAGUGCAGGCGGGUCAUGCGGAUUUCUCCGGUCGCUGCUCGGAGCGCCGCGUCGAAGCAGUAAAAGGUGGGGUGAGAGGAGAAGAAGAAGAAAACAGAAGAACCAGACCGCUUCUCUGCCGCUCCGUCAGUCCGUCCAAAGCGGGCUCCCGACCAGAGGGGAAGAGCCACCAUGUCCCGGAGAAAACAGAGCAAACCCCGGCAGAUAAAACGUUCCCUUGGGGAUCUAGACGGUGUCGAGGACAACACCCUCGACAACCUCAGCCUAUCAGGGGAGGAGGGCGGAGUCUCGGACCCAGAUGAUUCAGUAGAGGGUGACAGCUCCAGCCCCCCGCCGUACACACCACUGUACAAUGAAGAGCCCAAGACGCAGGACUCUCGAGGAGGCACCAAUAACGAAGACGAGGACGGGGAAGAGCGAGGUCCAACACACAGCGGUGGGGAGGAGGAAGAUGAUGGGGAGGAAGAGGAGGAGGUGUUACAGUGGAGGGGUCCAGAUGACCUGGAGUUAAGUGACGAAGGCAGCGACAGCAGGGUGGUGGCCAGCAGAGACCUCCACCCAGACACAACGUGGGGACCUUACCCAGGAAUCCUCCAAUCAGAGGGCAGCACAGAUGAUCAGGAGACAGAGAACUCUAAGUUGACUCUUGUGUGUGAAGAUCCGAACUGUUGGAUUAGUCGACUCCCUCUGACCUCUGACCCCUCAGCUGCCAACUGUACCAUCUACAGCCAAGGUGAUGAGUUGUUCUGUAAGGUGACCGGAGAGCUUGCAGCUGGUGAAAGGCUCUUGGCCUCCCUGUCACCUCCUCCAGGCUCCUCCUCCUCCCCGCGGGCCCAGCUCUCUCCUCCGCUCAGCCUCGUCACCCAGAAGCAGCCUGCGGUGAAGGAGGAGCCUCCGUACCCGGCAGCGUUGCGCUCAGACAUUCAGCUCCUCCCACAGCAAGCUGGCAUGGCCGCCAUCUUGGCUACUGCUGUGGUCAAUAAGGACAUUUUCCCCUGCAAGGACUGUGGGAUCUGGUACCGUAGUGAGAGGAACCUGCAGGCCCACCUCAUGUACUACUGCGCCAGCCGUCAGAAGCAGCCGGCCGCAGCCUCGUCCCCACCACAGGACAAACCCAAGGAGUCCUACCCCAAUGAGCGCAUCUGCCCCUUCCCGCAGUGCAACAAGAGCUGCCCCAGCGCCAGCUCUCUAGAGAUCCACAUGCGCACACACAGUGGUGAACGUCCAUUUGUCUGUCUCAUCUGUCUGUCCGCCUUCACCACUAAAGCAAACUGUGAGCGCCACCUAAAGGUCCACACGGACACACUGAACGGCUUGUGUCACGGCUGUGGCUUCGUCUCCACCACCAGGGACAUCCUCUACAGCCAUCUGGUCACUAGCCACAUGGUUUGCCAGCCCGGCUCUCGCAGUGAGGUCUACUCCCCGGGGCCGGGGCUUCCCAAGCUGCCCCUGUCCACUGGUCUCAGUCCAGGAGACUCCGGUGUGGUGCUGAAGUGUCAAGUGUGCGGUCACAACUCGGACUCCCCUGCCCAGCUUCAGCAGCACGUACGAACCCACCUGGAGGUGAGGGUCCCAGCCGAAAGGAGCUCCACCCCCCGUCAAAUGACCCCAUCGUUAGUUGACGGUCCCCAGCUCCAGCUCUCUCCGCACGAGAGGGAGCCCCUCGCCUGUGUCCCGAAGCCAGACUCGUCCAGCCCGGGCGCAAACGGCGGCUCAGCCACACCCCGAGACUACAGUCCUCCUGAUGCCCCCACCACCGACCUGAAGAUCAAAGAGGAGCCGCAUUCAGACUCUGAGAUAGAGGAGCAGAAAAUGGAGAUUAAGGAGGACGGAGAGGAGGAGGAGGAGGAGGAGGAGGAAGAGGAGGAGGAGGAGAUUGGUGGAGAGGAGGGAGAUCAAGAGGCAAGAAGGAAGACAAAGGAGGCACAAACUUCCACAUCAUCCAGACAGUCAUCAGACUCUUCAAAGAGUCCAGCCACCACAACUGUAAAGGCAGAACCGACUAGUCCCACCCCUGGUUCUAGCCCCGCCCAUGUGGGCGGGACAGAGUCAGUUCUUCCAGGAGGAGCGAUGUUCCUGCCCCAGUACAUGUUUAACCCUGAAGCAGCCAUUUUGCCUCAGGCCUCAGAGAUACUGGCUAAAAUGUCAGAGAUGGUCCACAGCCGUCUGAAGCAGGGUCAGACGGUUCCUCAGAACAACCCAGCAGCCUUCUUCCCCGCUGGACCGACUGCACCCGCAGCCGCAGCCACCCCGCCUCACAAAGGAGCCACCUGCUUCGAGUGCGACAUCACCUUCAACAACAUCAACAACUUCUAUGCACAUAAGAGGCUGUACUGCUCCAGCAGGCACCAAGCAGACGGUGCAACCUCAGCUUCAGGCCCUGGAUCGACGAGGGACGCAGCCCCAGCCACGGCGCCCUCCACUGGGGCACCUGGCUCGUCUGCUUCUCCUCAGGGUGGAGCGGCGAGUAGAGCAGCCUCUGCCUCCCCCGCUGACUCUGACUCUCCUGCUGGGGGUGGAGCAACAGACUCCAGGAGAGUGGUGGAGGCGAGGACAGAAACCCCGGUGGGGAGGGAGGGAAUAUCAUCGUCUUCUGAAGGGGAAGGCGGAGGUGCAAGUGUGGGAGGAGGGGGUGGAGGGGGAAGGGCGAGCGAAGGUAGCCAGAGUCCUGCAAGUGGUUCUGCCGAGGACCUAGAGGAUGAUCCCAACAGAACCUUCUGCGAGGCCUGCAACAUCCGCUUCAGCCGUCACGACAACUACACUGUUCACAAACGCUUCUACUGCGCGUCACGCCAUGACCCAUCCAACCAACGGGCCGUACACAUGGCCAAGGCAACCACCACAGCAGCCUUCCUCCCCCAGCCCAUACGCACACGCAAGCGGAAGAAGAUGUACGAGAUCCACAUGGCCAGAACUGAAGCCUUAGCCAACGCUGCUGCUGCAGCCGCCGCAGCCGCCGCCGCCACUGCUGCCGCCUCCGCCCCAUCUCCCUCUGUUCUCGGCUUGGCAGUGAAGCAAGAGGUUUCUCCCAACGCGGCGGGAGGCUCCAGCCCUGAAGGAGACGGCCCCAUCGACCUGAGCAAGAGGCCCCGUCUGAGAGACGUUCCCCGGCACAGCAGUAACAGUAUUCUCCCGGCCCUGCCGCUUACAGACUAUCACAAGUGCACCGCCUGCAGCAUCAGCUUCAACAGCAUCGAGAACUACCUGGCUCAUAAAACCUACUAUUGCCCCGCCACCACACUCCAGCCCCACACCAUGGAGCAGCUUCACAGGCUCAAGAGAUCAGCCUCUACCUCUCCCAAGAGCAGGCCCCAGCAGGAGCGCCCGGACCUCCUGCACCCUGUGGAGGCGAAAGCUCUCCCUGCUGAGUGGGCUGCCCAGACUCGAGGCGCAUCGCCCAGUCCUCAUCCCUCUGCCUUACCCGCCUCUGAUGCCACAUCUCCCCCCCAUACCACCACCACACUCGCAGCCACCCCGGGAGCUGGAGCCAAAGGCACGGGUGCUGGUUCCCCUCAGGUGGUCUGCCCGUACUGCCCCAACAGGCCUAUCGCCUGUGACCUGAUGGAGCACUUCAGGACGACCCACAGCCUUGUCGUAAGCAUUCAGCCGCCCCAGGAGGCCCCGCCCCAGCCAGGCAGCGCUGUCAGCCGCAGCCCCAGCCUUAGUCCCAGAGACGGAGCUGCUGCCACCACCUCCACGAGCCCAAACAGCCAGCCCCGACCGCUGUCCCAAGUCCACAGAGACAGCAUCAACGGGCAGGCCAGGAGUGGAACCUCUUCUCCUGCCUCCCCUGUGGUAAACGGCAGCCCUUCACCUCGGGUUGGAUCACCUUCAGCCGGCUCACCUCUGCCUGUGUCACCCCCAAGGGCUCCCUCUAUGACUUUGUCACCUGUGCCUGAGGUCCUAGGGGAGACGGUGGGAUCGUCACACCAUCCAGACAAGGUCGCCGCGACUGUGGCCUCCAAUCCCGUCCCCACGCCGCAGCCCGCCCCUGCCCCCGUCCCUGGUCCUAAAACCACAGUGAUCUCCCCGGUCCAGAACGGUAACUCUCGCUUCUGUCGGCUGUGCAACAUCAAGUUCAGCAGCCUCUCCACGUUCAUAGCUCAUAAGAAAUACUACUGCUCUUCCCACAGUGCCGAACACGUCAAGUGAGCUGAGUAAUCACCUUCCUCCUCUUACUCUUCCCCUUCUUUUAUCUUUCUGACUGGAGGCUUCUCCUUUACUAAGUUCCGAGAAGCUCCGAUGUCCCUUUUGUGCCAGAGCGGCGCUCCACUGGCACAACUAUGAAUGACAAUGAAUGACUGUUACUCACCUGGCAGGACCUGAUGCCCAGCUGCUCCAGAGCAGGUGGUGUUACCAACAUACAGUGACUGAUAUUCCUCCUUACAUGGGUCAAAGUUUGUAGUACACUAAGAGCUGAGCUGGAUGCUACCUGUCCACACUGGCGUGCCCUCGUCCCCUAGAUCAACGUCUGUUUUCAUACCCAGUUCAACAUCCACCACUCCCGGGCCUCUCAGUAUGUUGCAUUGUGGGACGUUAAAAUAUGUAUUUCAGCAAACCUCUUUUCUCUCUCUCUGUUGGACUGAGUUUAUAAUGGUAGUAAUUAGAUUCUGACUGUUGGAGGCGUUUCUGACUGAUGAUCACGCAGCGGCGACGGCGCUGAUUAUAACGAAUCUACCGUCUUUUCCUGAGCCCUCGAUGCUCCAGAGCUGAGCGCAGGAGGCGUCGUUCCUCUCACGUGGAAAAGACUUGAUCAUUGUUAAUUUUUUUAUUAUCUGUGCAUAGUGUAUGAUGUCUGAAAAAAAGAAUUCUAUAAUGCUUUUGGUUUCAACACUGGCUCUUUUUUGCUUACUAGAGAAGCUAAAGUGUUUUUAGCUGAAAAACAGAUGUGUUAUCACAAUGUUACUAAUUACUGAAGGAUGAUAUUUCAAAAAAAAUGGACAGUUUUUUUUCCUUUUUCUUUCAUACACACAAAUUUUUAUUUUCUCUUUAAAAUGCAAGGGAGAAAAAAAAUGUGAAAUAUUUAUCUUUUAGUCCUCACUGAUUUCAUGUCAACAGAAAACUACCUACCUAGUGUCUGAGAGUAUUUGUAUUUUUUAUUUGUAUAUUUUUCAUACUGUUGGAAGGAACCGUUUGGAUCUGGCUGUGUUGAAGUGUAUUUUCUAUAUGUAGAUAUGUAAUAUCUUCUCACAGUAAUCACUCGGAUCACACUGAACUUUGUUAUCACGUUAGCAUUUUGUUGUUCUGUUUAGUUGUAGUCUUUAAUUGAUGGUGAGGUCUGAAAACCAGCGGCUUCUUUAUUUUUAUCCCCUCCUCCUGUACCUGAUCGCUGAUUAGCAACACGAUUAGAUCAGAGCGGCUUCACUUACAGCUUCACACGUCAGAAACAUGAAGCUGCUGAUACUGUUGCAUUCACACCCCACAUUUUAGGGUAAACAAAAUACACACUUUCAAUCAGAAGUCUAUCCUUAGUUUAACCUCCAUACAAUGCAAAGUAAUGACCUUUAAGGACACACAAGCUUUACAUUCUUUUGUUGCAAACUGCCAUUUCAGAUGUAUAUGAAGUGAUACACAAAACAUUUCAAGGCUUUGGUAUCCAACACGCAUCUUAAAAGAUGUUGUCUUUCUGUUUAAUGAUUGUAUUUCUGUCCGGCGAUGAAGGCGUAGCAGGGAAUAGUCACAUCUCACUCAGUAGAGUAAGCACGUGUAAUAACCACUCGUUGUGGCCCAUGGUGUGUGUGGUAGAGAGGCUGUCCUCUUCCUCUUUCACUUUGUUGUUCUCUCACUCAUGCACACACACUCACACUCACAAACACACACACACACACACACACACACACCCACAUAUACAGUUUACGCCACAUUUUCCCAUGCUGCUUUUGGAGUUGCAAUACAGUGUUAGCUAGAACUGUGAAAUCAUUUAUUUCUCCAACAGUGAUGGAAAAAUGUAAAAUGUAAAGCUCUUCAUUUUUAAAGGCCCAGACUUUAUUUUGAAUUGAAAAUUGAAGCCAGUAUUGCAAAUUUGUUACAAAUUUGGUCAUUUUCCUCCCACAAAUUCUCAAGAAUGAACAUUUCCCUCAGGAUUUGACUCUUUGUUAAAGUGCACAGCAUUGGGAUCUUCAUGAGACACUAAAACUCCAAACUUAUUAAAUAGUAUUAGCCGUGAAAUCAGCUGUGAAAGUUUAACUGCAGAUUCUGAGGCCUAUCCUCUCACACUGAAGGGAUUGCUGUGAUCAGCAGUGGAAGACACGGACCAGCUGCUCCUAGGCAUUUCUGAUAAGAUGAUAAUAUCAGCCUAACUGUACCUACAACCUACAACCUACAACCACAGGACAGAUCUGAACCCGUCUCUUCAGCAGGAGCACUGAAGGACCCACACAUGCCCCGAAUCAUAGUCCUCACACCUCUUGUCAGGAGUGGUUGGGAGGAACAUAAUUCCACCUGUUAAAGCUGUAUCAGUUGACAUAUAUAUAUUUAUAUAUAUAUAUAUAUUUAUAUAUAUAUAUGUAUUGGGGGGAUUUUCAUAAUUCCAGGUGCUUCAGUGCUACUCUGCCUAACAAACCCGAGAUAUGGACAGUUGCGUUCUCUCUCUGCAGUUUCCAUCCUCCAGUGCAUAAGUGAUCACAUUAUUUUAUCAAAGGUAUCUGCUGUACAGUUCUGACACCACCUGUCCCCAUUUGACAUGUCAUCAGAAACUCCUCACUAACUGAUUAAUGCUCCAUUCCCCCAAACUGGAAACUAAAUGUAAAAGUACAGGAUUUCUUAACAGAAUUUAAAACUCCUGGUAGAUUUUCUGCUCUUCUGUGGUUUGGAGCAGCGAUGUACCAGACUCAUCUUACUGCUAAGUGUUUACAAUUGUGCUGGUCCAUCUCUCCCGGCUCUUAAACGGAGAGAGAAGCAGGAGAAAAGUCACAUCAACUUGUCACAAAUUGAGUGCUGGAAAAUCCCCCUUCGAACUUCUCCCUGUUUUAUUGCACUGUUGUAUAAAAAUGUGCUGAAUGUUUUAGUUUCUAGUUUUCUUUGUAAUGUAUUUAUGUUAUACAGCACUUUUCCCCAUCCAAAAUGCAUCGUUGUUCUACCUUGAAGGACGUUGUUGUACCUUGAAGAACUUUCUGAAUUUUAACCCUCGCUAAAACUUUUUAUUCCUUUUUAGUUUUAAAUAUGUUUUGUUGAUGAUUUCUCAGAUGAUGUCCACAAUGGAGGAAAAUCUCAUUGAGUGUCAAAACUUUUAUUUCCAUAUUUUUUAAUUUCAUUUCAGUUCCACUACACUCUUGUCCAAACUAUGCAUGGGAAAUAAAAAAGUUCUGAGAGACACUGA